CUCUUUUACUCACUUAUUGCCGCAUAAUUCCCGCUGUCAUGUUAAAGUAAACAGCAGUAGAAAAAGGCCCAUCAUCAUCUCAUGUCCUUCAGUCUCAAAAAUAAUCCUAUUGAAAUACCAGAGCUCCUCCAUGUCAUCGGAUGUCAUCUCUCCACACGCGAUCAAAAGGCUUGCAUGCUGGUCUCAAGGGCGUGGUGCAGCUUCUUUCGUGCAUUCUACUGGCACCACCUUAUCUAUAUCCGCCAAUCAGGCAUCCCUUAUCUAGAGAAAUAUGGACAUCUUGUUCGACACCUUACCGCUUACACUGCCAAUGAUAUCGAUCUGAUAACUCUCUCCGGCUCCUGCCAUUUGGUUCAACGGCUAGACCUUGACCUUCGUUUUACUGCUUCUAUCAAUGGACUUGAGAUCUUGACCAGUAACAUGCCUCAUGUGCAAGAGUUAAGAUUAUGGGUUGAUAGAGGUAUUGAAUUGAAACACAUGGUGGCUAUUACUCAAUGGAAACGGCUAAGGACUCUACGCAUCGGUCACAAUGGAUCGGUAGGUACAUCUUGCGAUAUCACUUUGCUUUUAAAAGUGCUUCAGGAAUGUCCCACCUUGACUUGCCUUCAGCUUGACAGAGUACAUGCAAGCCGUGUGCAGAUACCCACUCUUCCUCAGCGAUUGUCAGGAGAAGCAGUAAUUGUAGGUACUCCAGAGAUACCAACAGGCAUCUCAACAACAACAUCAGCGGAGGUAACACAAGAAGUGGUUGCAGCAGGAAGGGCGGAAGAGGGUAAUGCCUCAAUGCCUCGGCCAACCAGGGCCGCUAAAUGGCUUCAUUGGAUAAGAAUCAAACGUUCAACAGGCAAGAGGGUUACUACAGCUUCAAAAAGCAAGGAGCCCUGGCGAAAAUUUACUGUCUUAAAGCCCUAUACGAUCCGUCCAGGCAAAAUACCUAUGGGCUUACUUCAACUGACACCUGAUGCAUCUAUUCUCCAUCCAAGGCUCACACGGCUUCAAUUCACAGGUGUCUGGAUCGAUGAAUCCCUUCGAGAUAUCCCUGUUUCACUCCUCUUUGAAAAAUCACCUAGUCUUCAGGACUUGAACAUAGCGUUCAGGAUGCUACCAUAUUACGUGAACCAGAUCCUGGAUGCUAUUACCAAUCAUUGUCAUGAGCUCCAAACCUUAGCCAUUGGACAUCUCCAAUCUAACAGGGACACGAAACCAUCGAUUUAUCGAUUCUUUCGGCAGCAUCGACCCAACCUAAUGCAGCUCACAUUAGAGAGCUGUGAAGCCAUGGAUGACGUCCUAGCCUUGAUUCCAACAGCCACUGUUGCAGGGUUACGACGAGUUUGUUUUGAUACAUCUAUUUAUUCUCAUGGAGCUUUUCAUCGCUUCAUGGCCCGAGCAGCCUCUUUACAAAGUCUAAGCUGGACCUCUGAAGCAGAGAGGUAUGAAGGAACAGGGGGGCCUGAAGAAGCAGAACGGAAAUUGGAUUGCUACUUGGAGCCCUGGGCAUGUUAUGAGACCAUCCGGAGUGUAGAGCAGAAAAGAUGUAUUGAUGGCAGUUCUUGCUUUGCUGCCUUCUCCGAACGACUCGCCAAGAUGAAGCGCCUAGUAUGCUUAAGCAUGUCUAUAGAGGAUUUAUUACUCCUAGUCGCCGCUAUGCUAGGGCUCGACAAGAAGAGCUUGGAUUGCUCUGUACUCCAGAGAUCACAUAAAUCAUGUGUAUCUAUUCGUGACCAUAGCGAAGAUGAUGACGACAGCGACAUGAAGGCUUGGUCAAGCCUCCGCUCAGUCCAGGAACUCGUCCUUGGACCCAUCCGUGUGGAUCGAAUGACUAGGAUGCUUCUCACAGAUCAACUAGAUGCAACCAAAGUGCGGAUGGUCAUUGAGGCAUUUCCUAAAUUGAGGAAGCUUCGGUAUCAAGGCAGGAUAUUUCCGUUAGACGAUGACGCUCGAAAGGCUCUUGAGAGCCUUUCAGAUAGGAGUAUCAUGGUUGUUCAUGUCUCACAACUACCAUCCUAUACAUUUUAGUCACUUUGCUUUUUUUUAUUAAAG